AGACUGGGGGAGCUUGUGCUUAUAAAAAACCCCAACCCGUCUGCAUGAUUUCUUCCAUCCAAUCCCAUUCCAAUCCCAUUCCGUUCGUCAAACAACUUCUUCCUUUCCUGACUUGCUCUUUGACUCUUCCAACCUCCGAUAUCACCACCACCUCCGUCAAUCGUUUUCCGCUGCAUCAAAAUGGAGAGCACAAUGAACGAGCUCGGCAACGCCGCCUCCGUCCUCGACAUCGACCCCAAGACCGCCGUCGGCGGCGGCGUUGAGGACGUCUACGGCGAGGACUUCGCCACCGAGGACCAGCUCAUCACUCCCUGGACUGUCUCUGUCGCCAGUGGAUACUCACUGCUGAGAGAUCCUCGCCAUAACAAGGGGCUGGCCUUCACCGAGAAGGAGAGAGAUGCUCACUACUUGUCCGGCCUUCUGCCGCCGGUGGUUCUGUCGCAGCAGCUUCAGGAGAAGAAACUGAUGAACUCGAUUCGACAGUACCAGCUGCCGAUCCAGAAGUACAUGGCUAUGAUGGAACUCGAGGAGAGGAACGAAAGGCUGUUCUAUAAGCUUUUGAUCGACAAUGUGGAGGAAUUGCUUCCGGUUGUCUACACUCCCACAGUCGGGGAAGCUUGCCAGAAGUACGGCAGCAUUUUCAGGCGCCCUCAGGGUUUAUACAUCAGCUUGAAAGAGAAGGGGAGAGUUCUUGAUGUGUUGAAGAACUGGCCUGAGAGGAGCAUUCAAGUCAUUGUCGUGACUGAUGGUGAAAGGAUUCUGGGGCUCGGAGAUCUUGGAUGUCAGGGGAUGGGUAUUCCUGUUGGAAAAUUGUCUCUUUACACCGCGCUUGGAGGAAUUCGCCCUUCUGCAUGUUUACCUAUUACCAUUGAUGUUGGAACAAACAAUGAGAAAUUGCUGAAUGAUGAAUUCUACAUUGGACUUAAACAGAGGAGGGCUACUGGCCAGGAAUAUUCUGAACUUCUUCAUGAGUUCAUGUCAGCCGUAAAGCAGUGCUACGGAGAAAAAGUUCUUAUUCAGUUUGAAGAUUUUGCCAACCACAACGCUUUCGAACUGCUUGCAAAGUACAGGACAAGUCACCUUGUCUUCAAUGAUGAUAUCCAGGGGACAGCCUCUGUGGUUCUUUCUGGAGUUGUUUCAGCAUUGAAGGUGCUUGGUGGCUCCCUCGCUGAUCACAAGUUCCUCUUCCUGGGUGCCGGAGAAGCUGGAACCGGCAUAGCCGAGCUUAUAGCUCUCGAGAUGUCAAAGCGAACAAAUACUCCUUUGGAAGAGUGCCGCAAAAGGAUCUACUUGGUGGACUCAAAGGGUUUAAUCGUGAAAUCCCGCUUCGAAUCACUUCAACACUUCAAGCAGCCAUGGGCACACGAUCAUGAGCCUGUCAAGACACUCUUGGAAGCUGUCAACGCACUCAAACCAACGGUUCUGAUCGGAGCAUCAGGAAUGGGCAAAACAUUCACAAAGGAAGUCGUUGAAGCCAUGUCUUCCUUCAAUGAGAGACCUCUCAUCAUGGCUCUCUCCAACCCAACUUCACAAGCCGAGUGUACUGCCGAAGAAGCAUACUCCUGGAGUAAGGGCAAAGCCAUUUUCGCUAGCGGGAGUCCAUUCGAUCCCGUCGAAUACGAGGGCAAAGUUUUCGUCCCCGGCCAGGGCAACAACGCAUACAUCUUCCCCGGAUUCGGGCUGGGAGUUGUCAUGUCUGGCGCCAUUCGCGUCCACGACGACAUGCUCCUCGCAGCUUGUAAGUUGCUUGAUACCUCUAGCACACAAACAUAUGCCGAGGCAUUGGCAGAGCAAGUGACUGAUGCCGAGUACGAGAAGGGGCUGAUCUACCCGCCUUUCUCCAAGAUCAGGAAGAUCUCCGCCGAGAUUGCUGCUAAGGUCGCCGCCAAGGCUUAUGAGCUUGGACUGGCCAGCAGGCUCCCCCGUCCGGCGAACCUGGUGAAGUACGCGGAGAGCUGCAUGUACAGCCCCGUGUACAGGAACUACCGUUGAAACCAAGCUCGCUUAGUUUGGAAGCCAUGAACGAAACCCUGCUCUGCUGCUGCUGCUUCUGCCUUCUGGAGCACGCAAUAAAAUAAUAAAGAGUGAAUUUCUUCUUUUUCUUUCUUUGGUUUUUGUUUCCUUGUUGUAUCGAUUGAUCUUCCUUUAGUCAUUGUGUAUUAGGAUUCGCUUGCUUUUUCUGUUGUCUGUAUAUUCAGAAUGAGAGAAAUCCAAACUUAUGAGUGCGUUUUUUUCACCCCCACAAUUACUGAAAGUCCGAGACCAUAUUCAAGCAUCAAAUUCUGCAUAAACAAAGCUGAAAUGAUAGAACCAGCAAACCAACA